UUUUUAGCAAAGGUUAGAUUGAGUGAAGAGGUUGGGCCACAUUCGUCCAUCGUUGGACAACCAAUCGAGUUAUAAAAACGGUUUCCUGUGCAAUACGAUAUUGGAUUUUGGUUUAGUGUUUUUUAAAGCUGGUUUUCAAAAUGAACAUCAAAAUCGUUUCCACGGUGCUUAUGGUCUUAAUGGCUGUGGGCGUGAAGGAUGUUUCUGGUCAAGGAAUUAUUGUGGACGCCGCUUUGAGGAGAAUUUUGGAAAACAUACGGCAACUGAUGCGUACUGGAAAUCCGGAAACAGGCAUGCCCGUUUUGGCACCGUAUUUUAAUGAGGAUCUCUUCAUUAAUGUUUCGUUUGGAGGACUUUUUGACUUAGAUACCAGGUUUACCCCCAUUCAUAUUGAAGGUCUAGAUGAAUUCCAAGGGCGCUUGCAAGUUGAUCUGUCGUCACUGCGCUUUCCUUUUGAAUUCCGUUAUAAUGACGAAUUGACGAUGAGUGGUUUCUACGACAUGAAUGGUCGAAUGUAUGGCUUGAUUCCAAUUUUCGGUAUUGGUAAUUUCUUCAUCAGACCUAAAGGUGUGCUUUUGACUGGUGCGGCUACCAUUGGAGACAACGGCGAAGGAAUGCUAACGUUGACUGAUUUUACAAUACAGUUGAUGAUUGAUUCAUUGGAGACAAAUAUUCAAGGAAUGCUUCUUGGUGGAGACCUGUCGGAUUUACUAAACGAAGUGAUUCAGGACAUUGUACCUUCGAUCUUAAGGAACUUCCCGGAAGGAAUGUCUAACUUGUUGUCGGCGGCAAUUUUCCCCAUGGCCAACCGUUUCCUUGCUACCAGAACCAUGGAAGAUUUGUUGAAUCUCCUGUUCCCUAGAGCUGGCUAAAUUUUGCAAACAAUCCUACGUUAUCAUUAACAUUUUGGCAUACCUAACAAUAACCAGUUGAACGAUAAAUGUAAUCAUUGCAAACAACGAA